AUGGCAUCUUGGAUAGCUCUGCUGUUGAUCGGGCUGGGUUCAGCCUCAGCUCAACAGGUCUAUAUCCCGGUGGCUGGCACCUCAGCAAGACCUCAAUGCACGGCCACGCCAUCCUACUCACAGCCCACGUACUCGCCGUACUCUACCUUCGCCUAUUCCAUGACCGAGACAGUACGCACAGCCACAUCAGUCCAGCCAGGCCCGACCACCACCUAUGCUGCACCCGCUGCUUCGUUGACAAGUCUCCUCUCGUCGUUGUCGUACACAACUUGGGGCAAGUGGGAUCCCAAUGCCACGACGUCCGCCACGGACACGGACAACCCCUAUGGAAAUGCUGCGUGGACCGCGUUAUGGAAGUUUGCCAAGCCGCCCAAUUUCACCGAGACGUCAGUCUUCAGCACCACCGUCUCGCCCACUCCCAUCCCAACAAGCGAGCUCGUACUGCCGCCAGCAGACUACUUCGGACCGACAGAUUGCUAUUACUUCCCGGCCGACUUUCAGUUUGGAGUUGCAGGGUCGGCUGCUCAGAUCGAAGGAGCCACCGCCGACGAAGGCAAAGCCCCUUCGCUCAUGGAUAUUUUGAUCCAGGAUGAUCGACCCAAGGACUACGUCACCAACGAGAACUAUUACUACUACAAGCAAGAGAUAGAACGGCUGGCCUCGAUAGGCGUGAAGUACUAUUCAUUCAGCCUUGCGUGGAGUCGAAUCCUGCCAUUUGCCCUACCCGGCACUCCUGUCAACCAGCAGGGCCUCGACCACUACUCCGACCUGAUCGAUUAUGUGCUCGAGAAAGGCAUGAUCCCCGUGGUGACUAUUCUCCAUUUCGACACGCCCGCACAGUUCUUUGCCGCCAACAUGUCGGCGGCCCAGGCGAAGCCGGUGAUCGGCUAUUCCAACGGCGGGUACCAGAACGAGACGUUCGUCGACGCCUACGUCAAUUACGCAAAGAUUGUUAUGACACACUACGCCGACCGGGUCCCGAUCUGGUUCACAUUCAACGAGCCGUUCAUCUACUCCUUCAACGGCGCGUCCGUGGACCACGUGCUCAAGGCCCACGCCCAGGUGUAUCAUUUCUACAAGGAGUCGAUCAACGGCACUGGCAAGAUCUCGCUCAAGUUCAACGACAACUUUGGCGUGCCGCGCGAUCCCGCCAACCCCAACGACGUCUUUGCCGCCGACCAUUUCAACUCGUUCCAACUGGGCAUGUUUUGCAACCCGAUCUUUCUGGGACAGGACUAUCCAGAGAGCUACAAGGAGACGGUCCCGGACUAUGUGCCCCUGACUCCACAGGAUCUGGCCUACCUCAACGGGACUGCCGACUUUCUCGGCAUUGAUCCCUACACGGCUACCGUGGUCUCUCCCCCGGUCGCCAACUCGACCGCCUCGAUCCACGAAUGCUGCGCCAACAUGUCCAGCACGUACUUUCCCUAUUGUGUGAACCAGAGCACCCUAACGACCAUGGGCUGGGAUAUCGGCUACCGGUCGCAGUCGUACGUGUACAUCACGCCGCGCUACCUGCGGCUGUACCUGUCGUAUCUGUAUAACACGUUCCACACGCCCAUCGUGAUCACCGAGUUUGGGUUCCCGGUCUUUGACGAGGCCGACGCCGCCGCGCUGAGCGACCAGCUCUUCGACAUGCCCCGCUCCGUCUACUACCUCUCGUACAUGUCCGAGGUGCUCAAGUCCAUCUGGGACGACGGCGUCCACGUCGCCGGCGCCUUCGCCUGGAGCUUCGCCGACAACUGGGAGUUCGGCGACUACGGCGCCCACUUUGGCCUGCAGACCGUCAACCGCACCACCCAGCAGCGCCAGUACAAGAAGAGUUUCUUUGACCUGGUCGAUUUUAUGAAGACGAGGACUAUGCCCCAGCCGCAGCAACAGCAGCAACCGCAGGGAUGGUCAGGGGCGUGGAAGUUCUGA